CUUCUAUUAGACUGCUCAAUCAACAAGAAAUAGGAAGCAGCUUGCUGGAUGUACAAAUGAGAAGUGGCCGUUCACUUGUUGCUUAACAACAAUAAAGAAUGUGUGAGAAAAAAAUAUGUGUAAGAUAGCAUCAAAUUUCUGUAAUAGAAAUACACUUGUUUGUACAAAGAAUGGGAUGGGAUAGAAAAAGGGUGAGGAGACCUGAUAUGUAUUACUGUACUGUAAUACUUAUCUAUUAGGCAUCACAAUCAAUCAGCCACUAAUGGCUUCAAGUUGCCCAGCUCAGUGGAGGCUUGCCAGGAUCCUGGUGAUACUUCCCGCUUUGAGUUUAGAGAUUAUAUGUAGUUGUCAAUUUUGUCCAGUGGAAGAGAGAAAAGCAAUUCCCAAGAUGUUUAAGAAUGCCCUUUAUAUGAUGAAUAUAUGUAGUCCAGACUCACACUCAAAUUCCCACAGUACUAGACAGAAAAAAAUCUUGAAUGUAUCAGGUUCAUUUCUAGAUUGUUACCACUUGAUUAGUCCCAAGUAAACGGUAAACAUUCAAUAAAAACUGUUAAGUGAAUGUUGUUCAAAUAAUCAGAGCAAGUGUGCUACCUGUUGGUCAUUUCCACCUAACAGGCACGACAUUCUACACAACCCUCUCAAACAAAAAUCUUUCAAGGGUGUGUGUAUUCCCUUCAGAAGCUGUUGACUGAAGGCUUUGAGAUAAGGAUGUCAUGGCAGCUGAAAAACCAACUGCCUUCCAGAGUAUGGCUGAACCGCUAUAAUAGAGUGAGAAGAGUAACUACAGUCCUAGGGUAGAGAGCUUCAAAUCCAUAGCAGUCUAGACAAGUUUUUAGCUUAGGCAUGUCCAGAAACUCGAGACUUCUGCAAAGCCAUUAGGAUCAGAUGUCACGUCAAAUGUGUCUUGAGCCUGUCAUACAGCCAGGUGCUUUAUUCGGGCCUCAAGUUUAGUUGCUUGUAAGCGAAGGGAUUAGAACGUUCUUCUCAUGGCAGAUCCGAGUUCUCAACCGGAGGAACAUUCUGAUUUGGUAGGUGGUUUUAUGCGUCUCUCACUAAGGAAGAAUGAGAACCUUAAAUAGAAGGUAGCUCUUGAGGAAGGUCAGGAAAAGCGCAAGCCAAAGCCAAUCUAUUGUAGAGUGCCAUUAUCUGAGGAUCACCCAACUAUGAGUCUCUUCCGGUGGUCUAGCCUGCUGAAUCCCUGAGAGGAGGAACAUUUGGUGAAUGGUUUUGUUUUGAAUGGAGCAAAAGAUAAGGCACGAUGCAGUUUCUGAGGAUGGUCAGGUCGGUCCAUUUCACAGGUCCCUCCUCUCCUCAAAAGAGGUUCAGCUGGCUUCAGACUGGGGUCAUGUGAUGCGCCCAGGGUGCCUGGAGCGCCGCGCGCAGGCCUGGGCGGGCCUUGGUGGAAAUCAACUUCCGGUGAGGAGGUCCUGGGCGCCGGGUGGUGCGUGGGCAGCCUUAACUUGGGUACCUGGGCCCGCGGUCACCGGGAGGGGGGUGCUGGCCCGCGUCCCGGGGCUCGUGUCCGGGAGCCGGGUGCGGCGCGCAGCAGCGCCGGGAGCACUUGGCAGCGGCUGGAGCAGGUGCCGCGGGAAGCAUGGACGAUGACGACUUCGGUGGCUUUGAGGCUGCAGAGACCUUUGAUGGUGAACACAGUGGAAACCAAGCAAUGUCCCCUGCUGUCCCCUGGGCCACCUUUCCUGCAGUAUCCGGAGUGCGUCUCUCGCCAGCUUCUCCGGAGCUCAUUCUGGACCAUGACCACACGUCUCCGUCCUCUGGCCACCUCCCUUCCGAUGCUAUCAUCUCCUCACCAGAUGACACGCGUGCAGACAGCGGCCUCGUGAGUCAGACCAUCCCCAAGGCUCAGAUCCAGCAGUCAGCGCAUACACAUCUGAAUAUCCCGCUUUUCCCGCUUGGCUUGACGGAUGAGACGAGCCAUGGAGCAAUUUCACUGGAGGAUGACCCUGAGGGUCCUGGAGCCGACGUGUCCAGCUCACAGCUCCAGCAAAAAAUAUCAAGUCUGGAGACCAAACUCAAAGCGUCUGAAGAAGAAAAACAGAGAAUUAAAAAGGAUGUGGACUCACUGAUGGAGAAGCACAGCGUCCUGGAGAAGGACUUCCUGAAGGAGAAGGAGCAGGAUGCCCUGUCCUUUCAAGCCAGAUACCGCGAGCUUCAGGAAAAGCAUAAGCAAGAACUGGAAGACAUGAGGAAGGCUGGGCACGAGGCACUGAGCAUUAUUGUGGAUGAGUAUAAGGCACUUCUACAGUCUUCAGUUAAGCAGCAGCUAGAUGCCAUCGAGAAACAGUACUUGUCUGCAAUCGAGAAACAGGCUCACAGGUGUGAGGAGCUGCUCCACGCUCAGCAUCAGAGGCUCCUGGAAGUUCUGGACACUGAGAAGGAGCUGUUAAGAGAAAAAAUCCAGGAAGCGUUGGCCCAGCAGUCGCAGGAGCAGAAGGAAACGCUGGGAAAGUGCCUGCAGGAGGAAAUGCAGAGAAACAAAGAGACGCUGGAGUCAGCUGUGAAGCUUGAGAAAGAAGCGAUGAAAGAUGUCAUCACCAAAGCAGUGGAAGAGGAAAGGAAAAAUCUGGAAAAAGUUCAUGCUGAAGAGCGGGAAAUGUGGAAAACAGAACAUGCGAGAGAUCAAGAAAAGGUAGCAGAGGCCAUCCAGGCCGCCGUGCAGGAGCAGCGGACACUGAGUCAGGAAGCUGUCAAAGCAGCCAUAAUAGAGGAACAGAAGAGAGGUGAAAAGGCCAUGGCGGAGGCGGUGAAGAGAACGAGAGAGGAGCUGGUGGAGUACCUGAGAGAGCAGAGGAGGCUCGAUCAGGUCACCCGCCAGCGCAGUCUGUCCAGCCUGGAGCUCUUCCUGUCCUGCGCCCAGAAGCAGCUGAAUGCUCUCAUAGCUACAGAGCCUGUUGACGUGGAGUAAAGACGCUGGCCACCGUCCCUGUCAUCACACCUGCCUCCUGUGACGCUGUUCCUCGCCUACACCCAGAAGCAGCGGCGUGCUCUAGUGGCCAUGGAGCCUGUUGGCAUUGAAUAAAAGGAACGUGACGGGCUACCUUCCCUGGCCGUUGUGUCCAUCACUGGACUGCUAAUAGAUGCUGUCACUUAGAAAGAGGCUCUUGUUUUCUGUUUAAGCAGUUGAUUUCCAGGUCAAGGGCGGGCCAGAGCAGUAUCUAGAACCAUCUAUUCUUAUUCUCUGUUAUUUUAUUACAAGUAGCAGUGGAAGAAUAUGUAUGACCUAAAGUCAUGGGAAAGUGGCAUGCUGUGCAGAGUUCAUAGAGGGAACAGUACAGCUUCAGGUGGCCUGGUGACAGUUUUGGUGACCUGUGUAACCGCACAUCUACUUGUUUCUGAGCAGCGGAGUGGGUGGAAACACUGACAUGGUCGUUGUUGUAACAGACCUAACCACUUCUCUAGAGGUGAAUCUGUGGGUUUUCAUUGAUUUAUCAUAUCAAAAAUAAACAGCACUAGCUGGCCAGGCUUGGAGUAGCUGCCCCAGUUAAACGUGGGGUACAGUGGCACAGGCUCGCUUCCUGCCCUUCCUCAGAGGCUCUGAGAAUCAUGUGUCAUAAUCUAUUCUCUAGAAAGAACGUAACUUGGACUUCUAGACAUCUAUGGGAAUUUAAUCAAAAUCAGACAUAAGGGGUCAUCAGGGUGUUCUUAAUCCAUGAGCAGUGUGCUCCAAUAUUAAUCGUGAGCAGUUUGUGCACUGGGACUGACAGCAGGGACCUGUGCAGAUGUGUCCAUGCUCAGCGGCUCUGGGAUUCCUCAAGUGUAAUAAAAGAAGCUCCCAAAA